GAGGCAGAGGGAGGGACAGAGAGAAGCAGGGGAGUCAGGGACAGCAGGAACCAUGGUGAGUGGAGUUUGAGUGUAGAAAAGCUCAGGCUUCACUUUGAUACUGCAGCAGCACUAAGAGCAGCAGAAGAAAAAACCCUCUGCCAGACGAAAUGUCAGAGGUUUCCUCUCAACUGUAUCCAGUACAGUCUACACCCUGACAGAAUCUUGUGCAAGAGUCACAGGCGAGCCAAACGAGGUGCAGAUCCACUGGUGGUUCUCUUUCUUGUCAUGGUGACGAUUAACUGGGAACUGGUCUGUGAGAAUCCGUAGCCUCCAAGAUGCCUGUGAUGAAAGGCCUCCUCGCUCCACAAAACACCUUCUUGGACAGCAUUGCGAACCACUUCGAUGGCACUCACAGUAACUUCCUGCUGGGAAAUGCUCAGGGUCGCUAUGGUUACCCCAUCGUGUACUGCUCUGACGGGUUCUGUGAGCUGACCGGCUUUGUUCGGACUGAGGUGAUGCAGAAAACGUGCACCUGCAGCUUCCUCCACGGGGCCGAGACCAGUGACAGUGCGGUCCAACAGGUGGACAAAGCUCUGGAGGGACAGCAGGAGUACCAGGGAGAAGUCUGCUUCUACAGGAAGAACGGAAAUCCAUUUUGGUGCCUCCUGGAUAUCGUGCCGAUUAAAAACGAGAGAGGUGAAGUGGUGCUGUUCCUGUUGUCCUUUAAAGACAUCAGUGAAUCAUAUGGGGAAAGCUGUCACUACAACCACGGCGAUGGUUUGCCACAGGCUGCGUAUCAGAGCAGGAAAAUCAACCAGUCUCACUUCACCCAAGCUCGAGAGCGAGGGAGGACAGUUCUGCACCACCUGACCAACCUGUUCACCAAGAGGGGCAAGAGGAAACUGACCGAGAGUGUGUUCCAGAAACCGUCCCUGCCCGAGUACAAGGUGGCGGCGGUGAAGAAGUCACGGUUCAUCCUGCUGCACUACAGCGUCUCCAAGGCCUUGUGGGAUUGGCUAAUUCUGCUGGCGACCUUCUAUGUCGCCGUCACCGUGCCUUACGACGUCUGCUUCGCCAGUCACAGCCAGAACGGGGACCAUCAGUCACUUGUCGGUCACAGCACUUUAGGCAGUGACAUAGCAGUGGAGAUGCUCUUCAUACUCGAUAUCGUCCUGAAUUUCCGUACCACCUAUGUAAGCCAGUCGGGUCAGGUAGUGUACGACGCCCGGUCAAUCUACCUCCAUUACUGCACCACGUGGUUCUUCGUGGAUCUGAUCGCAGCUUUGCCUUUCGACCUUCUCUACGCUUUCAACAUCACUGUGACCUCGCUCGUGCACUUGCUGAAGACGGUGCGUCUGCUGCGUCUGCUGCGCCUGCUACAGAAAUUGGAUCGCUACUCCCAGUACAGCGCUGUCGUCCUGACCCUGCUCAUGUCUGUGUUUGCUCUGCUGGCUCACUGGAUGGCCUGUGUCUGGUACGUGAUUGGACGCAAGGAGAUAGAGAGCAGUGACCCCGUCACCUGGGACAUAGGCUGGCUUCAGGAGCUGGGAAAGCGUCUGGAUACGCCGUUCAUCAACAGCACCACGGGUGGUCCCUCCAUGCCCAGCGCCUACAUCGCCUCUCUUUAUUUCACCCUCAGUAGCCUUACCAGUGUUGGGUUUGGCAAUGUGUGUGCCAAUACGGACGCGGAGAAAAUCUUCUCCAUCUGCAUCAUGCUCAUGGGCGCCCUGAUGCAUGCAGUCGUCUUCGGCAACGUGACGGCCAUCAUCCAGCGCAUGUACUCACGCCGCUCACUCUAUCACACCCGCAUGAAGGAUCUCAAAGACUUCAUCCGCGUGCAUCGGCUGCCUCAGCAGCUGAAGCAGAGGAUGGUGGAGUACUUUCAGGCCACGUGGUCGGUCAACAACGGCAUCAACGCCAAUGAGUUGCUGCACGACUUCCCCGAUGAACUGCGAGCCGACAUUGCCAUGCAUCUGAACAAAGACAUCCUGCAGCUGCCUGUGUUUGAGCGGGCCAGCAGAGGGUGUCUGCGCUCCCUCUCCCUGCACAUUAAGACCUCCUUCUGUGCACCGGGAGAAUACCUCAUACGCCACGGAGACGCUCUACAGGCCAACUAUUUUGUCUGUUCAGGUUCUCUGGAGGUUCUCAAAGACAACACAGUCAUAGCCAUCCUAGGCAAAGGUGACCUCAUCGGGGCCGAUCUCCCCGAACAAGACGAGGUGAUAAAGACCAACGCUGAUGUUAAAGCGCUGACCUACUGUGAUCUGCAGCACAUCAGUGUCAGAGCUUUAAGGGAGGUCCUCAGUCUGUACCCAGAGUACGGAAGCCGCUUCAGCGCUGACAUCCACCACAACCUCACCUAUAACUUGAGGGAGGGCAGUGAAACAGAUGGAACAAACCGGUUUCCAUGGACUCCCAGACUCUCUCAGGGUCAUGUUUCUUUGGACCAUAAAUUACCUUAUAUCAUCGAGGCAGACGAUACAGUGCGCGAAGGAGAUGUGAGACACUCUCAGCAGAAGAAAGUGCCUCUACUGCAGAGAAUGGGCAGCCCUGUACAUCAGCCCCGCCUCAGCACCCUGUUGGGGGAGGAACUUCGCCACAUAAACCCACUACGCCUCUGUAGGUCACCUGUUCAAGGCAGCAGAGGCCGAAGCCCCUCUCCGCAGAGGUUCACUGAGGAGCUGUCUCUGUCUCCUUUGCCCAGUCUUACCACCGACACGGACUUUAAUCAUCGACCCGCCAAGCUGCUCAUGCCAUCUCUGCCUUGUGUUAGUCCACUCAACCUUAGCCCCAGGGUUGUGGACGGAAUUGAGGACAAUGGUCACACUUUCCAGUUUAAUGUAGAGCAGAGCGAAACCAAGACUAAUGUAACAGAGCGGUUACAAGUGAGUGCUAACCUGCUUUUAGAAACAGAGGAAGUGAGACAAAACAUCAGUAAGCUGAACAAAGAGGUGAAUAACCUGAACCAAGAUGUAUCCAACCUUGCCAAGGAGCUCCAUGACAUAAUGCAUUACCUACAGUCUCAUAUGACCAUGCUUCAUUAUGCCCCUCCGGUUUCCUCCUAUACCUAUGGAUUACAGAUGGCUCCCACACCUAACGUGACUGCUGCCAGUGACUGGCAGACACACGUCCCUUUAAAUAUAGCCACUGGGCUGCACCUCCACCAUGAAGCAAUCAGCCACCCUGCCAGAAAUGUGUUAGGCUGCACUGGGACUCCCUCCCAUGGCAGAAGUCCCACCAUGUUGCACACUUCAAGCCCUGCUUCAUCGUGUUUACACUUGUGCUGCUCUGACAGAGAAGGGCCCACAGCUCACAGGCUACAGAGCCAGUGUGCCCCUUUCCAAAGCUCCAUAGCAGCCCCAAGCUCUCCUUACAUGACCCACUCUCUUGAUCGAGGAGGUUCAUCCCUGUUGGGCCUCAGUUCUGCCUUCAGCAGCUUCCCUGUGGUUUGUCAGGCCCCGCGGGGGAUCUACAAUGCCUCUAUUCCUACAAUGAGCAACUCUCUUCCCAUAUGUUCUCCAGUAAAUUCAGGUUUCACAUAUCCUUCUCUGUGUGUCCAAACCAACACUGAUGCCACACUUAAUCAGACCAGGUCUCAGACACCCAUCCAUACCUCCAUCACUCCCACCAGCAAGCCACAGUAUCACACUGCCUUCAGCUCUCUUAGCCCCUCAGGAGGUCACACAUCAAUAUGCACAGGACACAUCCUGGGCCAACAGAGCUCCGUCAAUAGUCCUGGGCAUAAUGACCCAUUAGGAUCCAGCUCUUUCCACCACACUCACGACAUCACAUGUUCUCUGCUGGGUCAGGCAGCAAACAGAGGCUCCAGAGCUUCACUGUAUCAAGAGAGGACAGACGAUGCAGGAGAGUCACGGGGAAGGAGCAGUAUUACUCCAACCCCAGAAGUUCAACCACCUCCUGCAGCCGCACACUGAUCAUCAGGGUCUUGUUUUGUUAUUAUUAUUUGCUGAUGAUAACUGAUAAUGGUGUAAAAUUUUAAUUUAUUAAUAAGUCUAAAUGCAUGAACUGUUGAAGCACCACAAGUAAAUAAAAUGUUUUUUACUUUA